CUUAACCCUAGUUGUGAUGUUAGCCUGUUUUCUUGGACACUCCUAGCGCUUAUCCCACUGCCCCGGUAAUUGCCUCAAGCCCCCUCAGGAAACCAUGGCCGAGCAGGCCUCGGGACCCCCUCUGUCGUCCCAACAUGACGAGGUGCUCCAGCAGCGAGUGGCCGCUCUGGAGCAGGAGAGGGCUGAGUUCAUCAAACUCAAGCAGCAGCUGGAGGCCGAGUUCAACCAGAAGCGAGCCAAGUUCAAAGAGCUCUACCUGUCCAAGGAAGAGGAGCUGAAGAGGCAGAACCUGGUACUGGAGGGCGCCCAGGUUGAGCUGAGCUCCGUCCAGGCCCAGCUGUCUCAGGCUCGGGCCGAGAUUGAGACCAUCAAAGCGGUGGCCACUGUGUCGGAAAACACAAAGCAGGAGGCCAUUGACCAGGUCCGCAGCCAGUGGCAGGAGGAGGUGGCCUCACUGCAGGCCAUCAUGAAAGAAACUGUGUGCGAGUACGAGGCCCAGUUCCACCAGCGUCUGGAGCAGGAGCGAGCCCAGUGGAACCAGUACAGGGAGGCAGUGGAGAGGGAACUGGGUGAGCUGAGACGCCGCCUCACCGAGGGCCAAGAGGAGGAAAACCUGGAGGAUGAAAUGAAAAAAGCCCAGGAGGAUGCAGAGAAGCUGCGCUCAGUGGUGAUGCCCAUGGAGCACGAGAUCGCAGCCCUGAAAGCCAAGCUGACGACAGCCGAGGACAGGGUGAAGGAGCUGGAGGCCUCUAAGGUCAAGGAGCUCAAUCAUGUUCUCGAGGCUGAGAAGUCGUGUCGUACGGACCUGGAGAUGUACGUCGCUGUGUUGAACACUCAGAAGUCGGUCCUGCAGGAAGAUGCAGAGAAACUACGGAAAGAGCUCCACGAUGUCUGUCACAAGUUGGAGUUGGAGCGGCAGCAGCACAACCAGCUGAAACACACAUGGCAGAGAGCCAACGACCAGUUCCUGGAGUCUCAGCGCCUCCUCAUGAGGGACAUGCAGAGGAUAGAGAGCGUGCUGUCUUCAGAACAGCUCCGCCAGGUGGAGGAGAUGAAGAAGAAAGACCAGGAGGAGGAUGAGAAAGAGAGGCUGAGCCAAGUGAAGGAGCUGCAUGAGGAGGAUGUGGCAGACAACACCGAGCCUCUGGAGGAUUUAUUCCUCGGGCUGAGCGUUGAGGAGCCUCAUGCCAACCACAGUGGCCACGGCUCUAUGCACUCCUUAGACACUGACGUGGUCGUAGGCGGCCCCACGGACCCCUACAAGGAAAACCUGCGGAGAGUUCAGUCCACAGACAGCCUCGGCUCCUCGCUGUCCGUCCAGCAGGGCCUCGGCGGCCAAAACCACAAAGCCAAGUCAGCCAGCCACUUGGACGAGUCAGACUUUGGGCCCUUGGUUGGGGCCGACGGGGUGACGGACAGUAGUUUUGGUGAAACUUCAUCCAUCAGCUCCAUCAAGCUGACGGCGAGCCACUUCCUGCUGACUAAAGACCAGGAGAAGGCCAUCAAAGCCAUGACGCCUGAGCAGGAGGAGACGGCGUCACUGCUGUCCAGCAUCUCCCACGCUCCUGACACGGCCUACUUACCGCCCGCAGGUUACAGACUCGUCAGUGACAGCGAGUGGAACCUGCUGCAGCAAGAGGUGAAAAAUGCCGGCAGGAAGCUCGGCCGACGUUGUGAUAUGUGCUCCAACUACGAGAAGCAGCUGCAGGCCAUCCAAGGGCAAGAGGCUGAGACACGAGAUCAGGUGAAGAAGCUGCAGGUGAUGCUACGUCAGGCCAACGAUCAGCUGGAGAGGACGAUGACCGAGAAACAGAGUUUGGAAGAUUCGGUCAAAGGAGCCAACGAGGAAACUGCAGCUAAGGUGUCCGCCCUCAUGCAGAGAGUCCAGGAGUCAGAAAUGCUACUCAGCACACUACAACAGGCCUUCAGUGAAGCAAAGAGGAACACACAGGAACAGAUGGAUAUCAAAUAUGUCCAGGUGUUACUCAUCCACCACAUCAGAAAUGCACAGAUUUUUAGACUCUGUUCUUACAUCACUGCAAAACCAGACCAUUUGCAUUGUAAAGCGGUGCUGGUGAAGUCGAGGGAGCAGGUGGCAGAUGAACUAAGCCGACUGCAGAGAGACAACGAGAGCCUGCAGGGAAAACACAGGCUGCACGUAGAACUGCAGCAACAAGAGGACUUCCAGAUGCCCAGUACUGUGCAAGAGCUACACAGCCUGGUGGUGCGGUUACGUGAGGACCUGGUGGCGUUACGGACAUCAGCUGAUCACAUGGAGGAGAAGCUGAAAGCUGAGAUUUUGUUUCUGAAGGAGCAGAACCAGGCGGAGCAGUGUCUGAAGGAGAACCUGGAGGAGACUCUGCAGCUGGAGAUCGAGGGUUGUAAGGAGGAGAUAGACAUCCUGGAAGCCUCUUUCUCCAGUCUGAAGACGGAGCUGGAGCGAAUAAAGGCGGAGAAGGAACAGUUGCAGAGCAGUUUAACAGAGAAGACUGAGACACUGGAGAGUAUCCAGGCCCUGAGGGUCACCCUGGAGCAUCAGCUCAGAGAGCUUACCACUGCAAAGAGUGCACUAGAGAGUCAAGUGUUUGAAGAGAAAGACAAAGCUCAGCGGCUGCAAACAGAGCUGGAUGUCAGUGAGCAGGUUCAGAAAGACUUUGUCAAACUUUCUCAGACCCUUCAGGUACAGCUGGAGCGAAUACGACAGGCGGACUCCUUGGAUCGAAUCAAAGUCAUCCUCAAUGACACCAACUUGACUGACAUCAACCAGCUUCCAGAGACAUGAUACCACUGAUUGAAAACUGCCUUCAGUUUCAUUCCCCCUUCUUUUUCUUUAUCACUGGCCCCAGUAACAUUAUUGAUCUGACCCUUCCUCCUCCUCCUCCCCCCUAACCACCACAGAGGAAGAGUUUGGAGGACAGACAUGGCAUGAGGAGCCUUUUGUGUACAUUGAGAGUCUUGGAACACACCAUGGAUAGAAUAAUGAAGAAGAACACUACUAAAAAAAUUGUAAAUAACUAAAUGUGUGACUAUGGACGGAGGGAGUCCAUCUUCCUGUGGGUCUGUCUGUGUCUUGUUUCUACUGUAGAUAUAUGACUGUCUGUAUUAGCUCAACCAAAAAAGGUUUGUCGUCUUCUUAAGCACUUUUCAUCUGCAACUUCUCUUUCCAGGUAAAUAUAGAAAACAAUUGGAUGCAUAACUUUUUCUCCCUCUGUUCUCAAAGCGGUUGAUAUUCGCUUCCCUGUUCCACUCGCUUGUUUUUCCCCGUGUUUUUGUUUCCUCACCUUCUCUGGCUAUUUUUCCUGUGACAUUUUCCGCCUUGUUCACCUUGUGACAAACACGAUGAAGGAGAUUCAUGGAAAAAUACUUGCACAUAACUUAAGUUAGAUAAAAAAAAAAAGGAACACAAUUUGAGCAAUACCCUCCAUUUCUUAAACCUCCUCCACUGUAUCUUGUUUUGUUCUUAACGUCUAACAGAAGCCUUUUUUAAAAGCUGCAGAAAUACAGUGAAGAAACAUCAAGUCAUUUCAAAGUUUUAUUUUUCACAUGUUUCUUGAUUGUCGAGGAAAUCAUCAAAACUCUAGCUGACCUAGUUUACAUCAUGGUUUGGUGAGGAAGCAUAAAUGGAUUUUAAUUCACA